AUGCCUCGUGACGUCAAGAAUCACUUCCUGUUCGAAGUUGCAACUGAGGUUGCCAACCGAGUCGGUGGUAUCUACUCGGUCAUCAAGUCCAAGGCUCCUGUGACCACCAAGGAGUAUCGUAACCGUUACUGUCUUAUUGGUCCUUUAAACAGAAAGUCGGCUGCUACUGAGGUAGAAGAAUUGAUUCCUACCAAUGUCCACCUUAAAGAUGCUCUUGAUGCCAUGGCUUCUCGUGGUGUGCGUUAUUUGUAUGGUAGAUGGCUAAUUGAAGGUGCUCCAAGAGUUCUUUUGUUCGAUACUCCUUCUGCAUAUGGAUAUUUGGACGAGUGGAAAGCGGAUCUUUGGUCAAUUGCCGGAAUUCCUGCUCCUCCUACUGAUACUGAGACCAACGAGGCUAUUGUGUUUGGAUACCUGGUGGCCUGGUUCCUCGGUGAAUAUGUUGCCAAAGACGUUGAGCAUGCUGUUAUUGCCCAUUUCCACGAAUGGCUUGCGGGAGUGGCUUUGCCAUUGUGUAGAAAGCGUCGUUUGGACGUCACCACCAUUUUCACCACCCAUGCUACUUUGCUAGGUCGUUAUUUGUGUGCUGGUUCGGUGGAUUUUUACAAUAACCUGCAAUGGUUUGAUGUAGAUGCCGAGGCUGGCAAGAGAGGUAUUUACCAUCGUUACUGUAUUGAAAGAGCUGCUGCUCACAGUUGUGAUGUGUUUACCACUGUUUCACACAUUACUGCCUAUGAGAGUGAGCACUUGUUGAAACGUAAACCCGAUGGAGUCUUGCCCAACGGUUUGAACGUGGUCAAGUUUUCUGCUGUUCACGAGUUCCAAAAUUUGCAUGCCAUUACCAAGGAGAAGCUCAAUGACUUUGUUCGUGGACACUUUUACGGACACUACGACUUUGACCUCGAUAAUACUCUGUACUUUUUCAUUUCUGGCCGUUAUGAGUACCGUAACAAGGGUGUAGAUAUGUACAUUGAAGCGCUUGCCCGUUUGAACUACAGAUUGAAGACCGAGAACUCUAACAAGACGGUAGUGGCCUUUAUUAUCAUGCCUGCUGCAACCAAUUCCUACACUGUUGAGACCUUGAAGGGACAGGCUGUUAUUCGUGCCCUGGAUAGCACUGUCAAGGAUAUCCAACAAUUGAUUGGCAGAAGACUUUUCGAGCACUGUGCUCGUUCUAGUGAGCACGGAAAGGAAGUUCCUGAACUUGACGAGCUUUUGACCGGUUCUGACAGAGUUCUUCUUAAACGUAGAGUGUUUGCCCUUAAGAGAAACAGUUUACCUCCUAUUGUCACUCAUAACAUGGCUGAUGAUGCCAACGAUCCAAUCUUAAACCAAAUUCGUCGUGUACAACUUUUUAACCACCCCUCUGACAGAGUAAAGAUCAUUUUCCACCCCGAGUUCCUCAACUCUAACAACCCCAUUCUACCUCUUGAUUAUGACGACUUUGUCCGUGGUUGUCACUUGGGUAUCUUCCCUUCAUACUAUGAACCAUGGGGAUACACUCCUGCCGAGUGUACUGUCAUGGGUGUUCCUUCCAUCACUACCAACUUGUCUGGUUUCGGUUGUUAUAUGGAAGACUUGAUCGAGAACUCGAGUGACUAUGGUAUUUACAUUGUUGACCGUAGAUCCAAGGGUGUCGACGACUCGAUCAAUCAACUCAGUGAUUACAUGUUCGACUUUACUCUCAAGUCAAGACGUCAACGUAUCAACCAACGUAACCGUACCGAGCGUUUGUCUGAUCUUCUUGACUGGAAGAGAAUGGGACUCGAGUACAUUAAGGCCCGUCAACUAGCACUUAGAAGAGCCUAUCCUGACUCAUUCUCUGAUGGUGAUGACGAGAACCCAUUCACAUCUGCCACCGCCCACAAGCUUACGAGACCACUUUCUGUUCCAGGAUCGCCUCUUGACCGCGCUGGUUUCAUGACUCCUGGUGAUCUUGGCAGCUUGCAAGAGCUCUCCCAGUCUCUCAACACCGAGGACUAUGUUGGCUUCAAGUUGCCUGAAGAGGAAGAAGAGGAGUCUGAAUACGACUCGUAUCCACUCACCUUGCGCUCCAGCUAG